CCGCGAGCGUCGUGCACCCUCCCUGCUGGUUUCUGCUGAUCGAGCAAACAUGGCGGAUUCGGAAAACAUUCGAAACGAGAGGAACCGAACAACGUAGUGCUCUCGAGUGGGUUGACAACGUGCCAUGUUGCUCGAUUGCGUAUCGCCGACGGCAUCCUGACCGACGUGCCUCGGCACUUAGGGAAAGCGCCUCCGGUUGACCGCGAAGCAUCUAGGAGAAGCGACGUUCGGGUGUUCGGCUGGAAAUAAUAAAUGGGUGCGUGGUGGUCGUGAUUACGAAGGCAGAGGACUACGACCUUCGGCUCGACGGGGCCACGGCUGCGUCGCGGACACGCGCGGGUCACCCGAGGUGCGAGUGACGCCGGAGCCUGGUUAACGCGUGGCUGAAGGUUCCUGCCGUUGGCGUGCGGACUCCGGGCGGAAUUCGCUGGCCAAGAUGACGAUCCUCUCGAAGAAGAAGCCCAGCGGGACAAAGGAUAGGCGCGAGGGUGGCGCUGGCUCCGAGGUCGACGUCCAUGGGGUUCAGAAUGAACACGGGUCCGGCAGCAUCGCUCUGCCGAACAGUCCCUAUCAGGUGCGAGGAAGCAACGGUUUCGGCGUAGACCUUCACGGAGUACAAAGCGACCAUGGCUCCGGCCCCAUAGUCCUGACUGGCAGCUCUUACGAGACAAAUGUCGAUCGCCGAGAGGAGAAGCACUUUGAAGAAGGUAGCGGCCCGAGUCAUGGCAAAAGACAUCGCCAGCGAGCUAGCCCUCAUAGUGGGUGUAUCGGUAGGAGUUCGCGUUCAAAACGUGAACGAGAGCGAGACAGAGGACGGGAAAGAGAUAGGGAGAGGGAACGCGAGAGGCAGGCAACUCCACCAGCUGCAUCUUGUAGUGGAUUACAAGGGACAGACAGUGCUAUGAUAAGUAAUAGUCGUAUGGCUAUUGUAGGUAAUGCUGCGAAUCACGAACACGAGCUGGCCAAUGGUUAUAACAGUGGCGACGAGUACACAGGUCGUACUGGGAAUAACCUCACCUUGGCGGAAUGGCAGGAGCGUGACAGAUGGUUUGAGAAACGUAUGCGAAAAAUGGGAUUCAUCGUAAAAAAGAUGGGAGAAGACGGUGCAUGCUUAUUCAGGGCAGUUGCUGACCAGGUCUACGGUGAUCAAGAAAUGCACGGUGUUGUGAGAAAACACUGCAUGGAUUACAUCGCGGCGAAUAAGGAAUUCUUCUCUCACUUUGUUGCGGAGGAUUUCAGUACCUACGUAGACAGGAAGCGACAAGAGUACGUUCACGGAAAUCAUAUAGAAAUGCAAGCCAUGUCGGAGAUGUACAAUCGCAGUGUCGAGCUUUUUUGCUACAGCACUGAGCCUAUCAACAUAUUCCAUGGUAUGCUUAAGAGCGACAACGAACCGAUACGAUUGUCAUACCAGCGUGGUAGUCAUUACAACAGUAUAGUAGAUCCGUAUAAGGCCACAAUUGGGGUUGGUCUUGGUUUGCCAUCUUUCAAUCCUGGCUCGGCUGACAGGGAGCUCAUAUCGGAUGCGGUUCGUCAAAGCGAGGAGUUGCAUAUCGAGCAGACGAUGUUAGAGGACAAGAUAAAGGCCACGGACUGGGAAGCGACGAACGAAGCCAUCGAAGAACAAGUUGCCAGGGAGAGUUACUUGCAGUGGCUGCGAGAUAACGAGAUGCGGAAAGCUUUUUUCGUUCAGCGAUCGGCCAGUAGCAGUAGUACGAGUACGGUAACGAGUGCGGCGCAACACAGUCAUUCGCACUUUCAUCCUCACGGUGGGCGUGGACAACAGCGUGGACACACAUCUUCGCCGACGACCACCCAAGCGAAUCAAGACACGUUGCGAAAUUCUCCUAAGGUAAAUGACUCCAUGCGUUACGGCCAGAGGUCUCCGCAACAUCAGUCGACGCAGGGUUCCAGCGUGGUUCACCUCCCAACGGAUUUUGAGACGAUGGCGACUCCUCAGGAGCCCGUACCAGGUAGUAGCAAGGAGUCUCACGCCUCGCCGGAUAUAUCGUUGUUUAAUCGGCUUCCUCCCGAGGUAUUCGGUUUAACCGACUGGGAGGAUAGUGACAUACUCUCGCAAGUGCUGGCAACUUCGCAACAAGAAUACCUGGACAGCCUGAAACAAUCGCGAGUCUCCGCUCCCAUCGGAGCCGACACCAACAAUCUAGAAUCUAAUAACAGUUAAUUCGUAGGGAGCAAUCGUCACAUCCUUAAAGUUCAAAAAGUGGUCAUCGGAGGGGGAUCCAGAUUUUUACGAUCCGUGACAUCGUCUGUGUUAUCCUCUUCGUGCCGGGGCCGUUGCGACACGACCUGGCCCCGUGUCUCUUCUUUCUCUCGAGCAAGAACAGCUACGUUUGACACGUCCGAUGUCGGUCAGGAAUGGUCUUCGCGAUCAAGUCACAGGACCCUGCGAGCGUACGUAUCGCCAAAUCGAUACCGUACCGGGUUGACGGGUCCCGACGUGUGACUCCAUUGGCAUUUUUUUUCCUCUUAUUUCCCUUUAUUCUUUUUUUUUUUUUAUUUGUUUCACUGUAAAGUAGGUACGUACUUUUUGGUUCCCUGGAUUCUCGUUGAGCGGUCAGCUCCCUCGGGAGUUGGAACUCUGGCUCUCGAGGUAUUCCUUGAAUUAUUUCCGUGCUAUUCUCGGUGCGAUCUCUGGGACUAUCGGAUCUCUCGAGCCGUUCAAUAAGAUUCAGGACUUUAUCCGAUUACUCGGCUUUAGUUUCUUUUUUUCGCCGUAUUUCAUUUCCGAUCCUAACAGUCAUCUUGUUUCUACGCUCCCACUGGGCCGAAUAAAGGCGGUAUUUAUUUCCUCGGCUAGGCGUAACCGUUCUUUCUUGAUGUAACACGAUAGGCCAAAACGCUUUAGAAGACUUGGUUGCAUUAUUUGUAACAAAAUGAAUGAAUAAAAUGAUUAUGACUAACCCAGGAAAA